AUGGAAGAAAUUAUAGAUGAAACAAAUAUGCAAAACUCUACAAUAGAAAUUAAUGAUGCUCUUGAAAAACUAACAAAUGCAAUUAAAAGUCAUGACACAUGCUCAGUACAGGAAGCCGUUAAUAAUUGCUUACGAUCUGAACGAUCUGAAGACAUGUCCGCCUUAGUUGAUAAGCUUCCACAGCUUGCUAUUCAAUAUCCAGAAAUUCUUGAAGAAUUAUUAGAAAAAUUCUCUUAUAAAAAGCUUCCCGAAAAUUGGAAAAUUAAAUGGAAAGGGUGCUUCAUUAACACGUCAAGUAAAAAAGUUAAUAAACAUGAAAUCACUAAUUCACCCAACUAUUAUAUAUAUUUACCUCACUUAUUUGCGCAUCCAAAGCGAGGCAAUUCGCUUGAAGAUUUAUUAAAGUUUAUUUUUAUUCGUAAAUUUAGUCCCUUUGAAGAAUUAGCUUACCUUCGUUCCAUUGAGACUUUUCGAUCACCUAUCUUUGAAUCUAUUGUUAUGUAUAUGUAUCAUAAUACUGAUUUAUUAAUUUUUUAUCUCAUAAAAUUUAUUUACUAUUUUAUUCAUUUUAUUCUUUUUGUUUCAGUAAUUAUUAACACAAGCAGUGCUACUGCUGGAAACAAGAAUUUGAUAAUUUCAAGCUUAUUCUUUGGAUUAAUUAUGCUAUUAAUUUGGUUCACAGAGUGUGCUGCUUAUUUUAGAAUUUUAUAUUACAUGAAUAUAAAAAAUAUAAAUUCAUAUCGUUCAUACAUUUUUAAAGGAUGGGAUGUAAUUGUCGGACUUGCAGCUUCCGUCCUUCCAGUUGUCACUUUAUCUCUGGAACUUCAUAAUAAUUAUGCUCCUCCAGAGCUUCGAUCUCUCUCUAUAUUUUUUAUGUGGAUCUUUAUCAUUUUACAAUUUCGUUUCUUUGAAAAUGUUGGAAUUUUUAUUGCGGUCUUCGAAGAGAUCAUCUGGGAGAUUAAAUGGUUCCUUUUAUAUUUGAUCUUUAUAAUAUUUGCUUUCUCCCAUUCAUUAAUGGUUCUUUUAUUGGAGACAAAAUCUGAUGAUAUCAAUGAUACAAAUACUUUUGCAACUUUUGAUCAAUCUCUCAAAAAUAUUUGGUUAAUACUUUUGGGUAAUUAUGAUUCUCUGGAUCCAUGGACAAAUAAUCGUCUACUGGAUAUUUUUACAAUUAUUUUCUCAUUCAGCACAGUAAUUGUAAUUUUGAAUUCUCUAAUAGUCGUUCUUAUGAAUAAUGCUCAUGAAAAAAUAUUUGCAAAUGCACGUGCUGUGUGGGUUGCACAAUUGGCAGAGGUAAUUGUUGAUAUUGAAUACAGCAAAAUCUUUGCUGAAGAAACUAUUGAAUAUAUUUAUAAUUUUUUAGGCAAAAGUAAUCACGUUGAAGCAGGUGAAAAUGCUUCGAGUUCAGCCAGAUACAUGGAUAAAGUUUGCUACAUCAUUUAUUCUAAACGUAAAAAUUAUGAUACGUCUCCAACACUAGCCAAUUUGAAAGAUGAAAUUAAAGAAUUGAAGGAAUUAAUUUCUAAUGAAUUUGGAAAAUAUAAUUUAAACGAAAACAAGGCUCAAAGAGAGUUGUGA